AUGUUGAACGCAGAAACAUUCAAUCUACUAACUCGUCUUCUUAAUUAUGUAUUUGCUAUACCUUUUCUGAUCCUAGGUAUACUAGGAUCACUUCUAACUGUUAUAGUCUUUACUCGACAACGUGCAUUUCGGCGGAAUACAACGAUAACUUACUUAUUAGCAGGUGCAAUUGUAACAGGGAUUCAUUUGCCAACAAUUUAUAUUCAAAUGAUCCUUGUUUAUGGCUUCAAUACCUCAUUAAUGAAUACAAAUGUUGCCGCUUGUCGUGAACAUACCUAUUUACGUUAUGUAACAACCGUAGCUGCGAUUUCGUUUCCAUGCUGGGCUUCUUUCGAUCAAUAUGCUACUACUUCUCGAAAAGUCGCUUUUCGAAAUCGUUGGAGUUCUUUGCGUGUUGCUCGUUUAGUGGUCGUCUGUAAUAUGCUCUUUUGGAUUCUCAUCUAUAUACCAGUCUUAUUUUUCACUGGAAUCCGACAUGGUGUCUGCGCUUUCAUUCCUAGUCCAUACACAACAUUCAAUACAUAUGUGUUCACACCAUUGGUCUAUUGUAUAGGUCCUAUUGCAGUGGUUACCUUUUGUACAAGAGGUACUAUAAAAAAUCUUCGUUCGAAUAUUAUUCGCAAUACUCAAGAGAGUCUUUCAAAACAAGUUCGUUCAAUGCUUCUUCCUCAACUUACGAUUCUUGCUAUAUCCGGAAUACCAUUCGGUUUUCAAGGCGUCUACCUUGAUAUAACCAGUUACGUUGAAAAAGAUGCUUUUCGUAUUGCAGUCGAAAAUUUUGCUGGUCAAGUCAUUCUUAUUUUUUAUCAUUUUAAUUACGUAUUUACAUUCUACAUUUAUGUGUUUAUGUCAAGUGAAAUAAGAAAAAUAUUAAAACGACAAGUUUUUAAAUUUAUCGGAAAAAAUCGGGUCACCCCAGCUAAUUUUACAACAGAAAAUUCAAUUAGUCUUCGACCAUUGAAUAACAUGAACUCCAUUCUAAAAGCUUAG